AUGUCUCAUCGACAAUCGGAUCCUUAUGCGGGAUAUUGGGAAAAUGGUCUCUGGUCAGUGGAGUUCAAGCAACCAUUGUUGCAAAUUGCACGAUCAUAUACACCGUUGCCACCCAAUGAAAACACCACGACGGGAGAUCUUCGUUUCUUGAUUCGAAAAGAGCCAAAUGGUGAAAUGUCGAAUUAUCUGUUUGGAUUGCAGGCUAAUUCCGAGGUUGAGCUUCGAGGUCCUCAUGUUGAAUUUGAAUUGCCACAGGAUGUGGAAGAGGUUGUCUUUUUGGCGGGUGGAACAGGAAUUGCUCCUGCUAUGCAGGUUGUUCAUACCUUACUGGAAGCGCGGAAAUCGGAUGACAAACGACCACGGGUUCGUAUAAUAUGGGCAAAUAGGAGAAGGGAAGAAUGCGUUGGGGGAAAGAUGUAUAAACCGGUUUCGAGAUCGGAUGCACUCACAUUUGACGGUACUGGUCUGAUUGUGCAGCAAUUGCAAAAGAUCCAGCAAAAAUAUCCAGAAAACCUUCAAGUGAAUUAUGUCGUGGAUGACGAGGGAACAUUCAUUGAUCAGAAGAUGAUAUCACAAGCCAUAAAUCCCAGUUCUGCCAAAAUGUAUGGAUCAAUCACAGCUGAAAGUAACUCAAAGUUACUUUUCGUAUCGGGACCUGAAGGUUUCAUAAACCAUUUCGCUGGACCAAAGAAGUGGUGGAGUGGGAGACAAGAACAAGGAGAACUUGGAGGUAUCCUUGGUCGUAUGGGUGUUGGCAAUUGGAAGGUAUUCAAGCUUUGA